CGCGGGCGGAGGCCCAGAAGCAGCGGCGGCACCGGGUGGGAGCGAGUCUCGAGCUCACCGGCCAUGAACCCCAACUGUGCCCGCUGCGGCAAGAUCGUCUACCCCACCGAGAAGGUGAACUGCCUGGAUAAGUUCUGGCAUAAAGCAUGUUUCCACUGCGAGACCUGCAAGAUGACCCUAAACAUGAAAAACUACAAGGGCUACGAGAAGAAGCCGUAUUGCAAUGCACACUACCCGAAGCAGUCCUUCACCAUGGUGGCAGACACUCCCGAAAACCUGCGUCUAAAGCAGCAGAGCGAGCUUCAGAGCCAGAUUCGCUACAAGGAGGAGUUUGAGAAGAACAAGGGGAAAGGCUUCAGCGUGGUGGCUGACACCCCAGAGCUGCAGAGAAUCAAAAAGACUCAGGAUCAGAUCAGCAACAUAAAAUACCACGAAGAGUUUGAGAGGAGCAGGAUGGGCCCAAGUCCCAGUGAGGGUGCUGAGCUGGAGCGCAGGAACUCCCAGGAGAGCACCAAUUACCGGAGACCCGCAGACCAGCAGCAUCAGCCGUCUCAUCACAUCCAACCCAGCAACCCAGGCUACCAGCAGCAGCAGCCGUCGUCUCAGUCCUACGGCUACAAGGAGCCCGCGGCACCAGCCUCUACGCAGCGCAAUGCUCCUUCUGGAGGGGGGAAGCGUUUCCGCGCCGUCUACGAUUACAACGCAGCUGACGAAGACGAGGUCUCCUUCCAGGACGGCGACACCAUCAUCAACGUGCAGCAGAUCGACGACGGAUGGAUGUACGGCACGGUGGAGCGUACGGGCGACACCGGCAUGCUCCCCGCCAACUACGUGGAGGCCAUCUGAGCCGUGGGAGGGGAUGGGGUGCGUGGCUGACAGCCGAGCCCCCAGCCCAUGCCGGCCCCCGUGUGUGUGUGUGUGUGCGUCUCUCUGCCCCAGCAUCCCUUAUCCCACGUGCUCUGGCAUCGCCUGCCGGAGCCACGUCCUGACAUCUCGGUUACUCUGUGUUUCUGCAGCCGCCUCCGGUUUCUCUUGCCAAUUUAGCUUUGUUCUAGCUCUGUCGGGACCGAGGGACUGUCUGCAAGGGAUGUUGGGGGCUUGAGAGACCAAACCGCCACAGCUUUCCUUCUCCUUCGGUCUCCCUUCUCUCUAGCCCUCCCAGGCACUCCGGCAUUUCCUAGCCAGGGGAAGCAGCCAGAGUCGCUGGGACCCCGGCAAAGGGAGGAGGAGACCAUCUGUUAGGACCAAAUUCCCCCAGCUCUGGCGGGGAUGGGCAGAGGGCAGCGAUGUCUGUGUAGACGAGGCGAGGGAUGCUCGUCCCAAGGGCUGCCCUGGGCUGAUGGGAGGAAUGGGCUGGCAGCCUCCACCCUGCACCACUCUGGCUCUAGCUUGUCCCAUGGCUUUUCCCGGUUCCUCUGUGCAGUGUUUCCAUUCAGUCUUUGCUCCCUUCAGUCCUCAAACCAGAAGAAAUUCACGGUUAGAAUCUUAAACAAAAUCUUUCUCCUGGGAUACAGAGUGGCUGCUCUGGACAGCCCUGGAGGUGGCUCUUGCUCCUUCUGCCUCGGGCUCUGGCUGCCUUGUUCCACCUCCCCGAUCCCUCUGGGGCCAAGCCGGGGCUGUGCUGGCAGGGGUGAAGGAGUAGCCGCAGCAUUGCUUCACCUGGAGGCUUCUGCUCCCGCUCAAGGGCUGGAGAGGGGCUGGGCUCCCCGCUCCCCUGCGCUGGCGGGGGAGCACUGCGACACCGAGACCUCACGUCCUCCCUGCAGCUCCGGCUUUCUCUCUUUGGGCCAGAGUCUGGUGGCCCCCUGGCCCCCGCAUGCCAGGGCAGCCUCUUUCUUUUAGCAGUGGUCGCUCCCCAAAUUCACCCAGAACCUUCCUGCUUUUCUCUUGCUGCUGCUGGGCUUUUGGGACCCUCCUGAGCCCUCUACCUGCUGGGUAGAUGGUCUGGGGAGCCGGCAGGAUCAGCCCCCAUCCCUGUGGCUCUUCUGAGCGAGGUGUGAAAGAUCCUCCCCCUCUGCUGCUGUGCUGGGGACCAUCCUGGGUGACCAUCCUGACUGGCAGCUCCGUCUUGAGUGGCGGAGACCAGGGUUUGGCACCCCGAGCCACCCUGCACCUCUCACUGGUCCCCAGCGGCGGUGGCUUUUGGGGCCACCGCUGACUUGGGAUCAUGUCAUGGACCAAAAUCUCAAAGCACAUCCCUGUCUCCUUCUCUUUUGGGCUCCGAAGCUGCUGGAGCUGGACAGGGGCAGGUAUAACUGGAAGCCUGCGCAGGGAGAGCAGGAGCAGGAUGCUCUUGUCCUGGGUCACAGAAGCUGAAUAUCGGGGCAGCGGUCAUGCCUCCGUGCUGCCUCCGGCAUUCCUGCUGCCCCGUCCCUGCUCACAGCCCCGGCUCAGCCCGAACCGUGGAGACUGGGCAGCCGGAGGGGACCGUUCCCCUGCCAGGCUGCUCGCGGCUUUGGCUGCACUGCACCACAGGGGCAGGAUGCUUCCAAGGGGAAGCUGCCGCCUUUGCUAUUCCCAAAGGAAAAGAGGGAAUCUAGGGACCAACGCGGCUGAGUUGAGACGUUCCUUGGCUCUGUUUGGGGACACGUCCUCGGGGAUGGUCUCACGGAGGGGGGAGAGGAUCCCACCGCCUCAACGCUUGCAGUCCCCUUUCUCAAAGCACAUGGGGCUGCAGGGCUGGUUCAUGGACGGUGCUGGGGUCGAGGUGACCGGAGUCGGGAGCUGCUGGAGCAAACGCUGUUCUGGCAGAGACGGGGUUCCUGGCAGGGCAGAGACCCGCCGGGAGGGCAUGAGCCAGGCAGAGGGGAGCGUUUUGCUCCUGGCUCCUUCCCCAGCUGGCUGCAACGGGAGAGGGGAAGAGUGAUGGGGACUCCUGGUACCGUCGGUUCCCUUGGGGUGAAAACGGGACCCCAGAAGCAGCCAGGAUGGGCUUUACGGGAUGGGAAUCCCAGUUGGUGCUAAAACAAGCAAGCACAAGAGCAGGAGAGAGGGGGUGGCUGGGCAGGGGGGGAGUCUGCAUCUCCCUGCUAUUCCUCUUCUUAAUCACGUUCUUGUCUGGGAAUGGGGGGGAGUAUCAAUGUGAAUAAACUUUUUUAAUGGACCAAAUAACACAGGCAAUUACGUUUUGGUAUACAGACCUUUUUUUAAUGCUACCUUGAGACCAUUGUCCUAAUUCUCCCCUCCCAUACCCUGCCCCUUCUCCCCUACCAUGGGAAACAAACCUCUUACUGCUUGAUUUCUGCCUUUUCUCUCAACUUAUGCACUUUUUUGCCUUUUUUCAUAGCUGAAAAGCACC